UUUACAUCUCUGCCUCUGUCUCUUUUUGUUUCUGUCUCUGUCUCCCUCUGUUUCACAUCCUAUCCCUCCCCAGCCACCACCAGGCAGCACAUGUGGGCUGAGGGUCUCACUCAGUCCCUUCCUUCCCAACUUCUUGCCCCUGGCAGCGGCUCAAAACUUCCCAGUCCAGGCCUCUCCUGCCCGCCCCUCUCCGGCCUUGGAGGAGGGGGUGAGGGAGGAAGGGAGGGAAGCCUGGCGGGCCCACCCCUUUUUGCCUUUCCAGGCUGGGAGGCCGGGCCAGUGGGCCUUUUAACCAGCCUGGGCAGGCUGUGCCGGACACCAGCCCUGGACGCGGUGCCUGGCUCCCGUGGUCCUGGCAGCCGCCGGCCCGGCCAGCCCAGCCAGCAUGCAGCAGCAGCCCCCACCGGGGCCCCUGGCCCCCGCGGCCGAGCCCACCAAGCCCCCCUACAGCUACAUAGCCCUGAUCGCCAUGGCCAUCCAGAGCUCCCCGGGGCAGCGGGCCACGCUCAGCGGCAUCUACCGCUACAUCAUGGGCCGCUUCGCCUUCUACCGCCACAACCGGCCCGGCUGGCAGAACAGCAUCCGCCACAACCUGUCCCUCAACGAGUGCUUCGUCAAGGUGCCCCGGGACGACCGCAAGCCGGGCAAGGGCAGCUACUGGACCCUGGACCCGGACUGCCACGACAUGUUCGAGCACGGCAGCUUCCUGCGCCGGCGCCGGCGCUUCACCCGGCGCGCGGGCGCGGAGGGCACCAAGGGCCCCGCCAGGGCGCGCCGGGGAGCCCUCCGAGCCGCCGGCCGGGAGGGCCCGGGAGCCCUCGAUGCCACGACCGGCAGGCAGUGCCCGUUCCUGCCGGAGCCGCCGGAGCCCAAAAGCCUAACCUUUGGGGGCCUGGUGGGGACCCUGCCAGCCAGCUUGUGCCCGGCAACCGCCGACGUCAGGCCCCGGCCGUCUGCGGAGCCCAAAGAGAUGCCCACGCCCAAGCCUGCAGGCCCAGGGGAGGGCCCCGUGGGCACCUCGUCUUCGUCGUGCCCGGCCUUUGGCUUUCCUGCCGGCUUCUCUGAGGCUGAGGGUUUUAGCAAGGCCCUGGCACCCAUCCUGACCCCCGAGGCCGGCCUUGGGAGCGGCUACCAGUGCCGGCUGCAGGCCCUGAAUUUCUGCAUGGGCGCCGACCCGGGCCUGGAGCACCUCGUGGCCUCGGCGGCGCCCUCCCCUGCGCCUCCCGCCCCUCCGGCCUCCCUGCGGGCCCCGCUGCCCCUCACAGCCGACCCCAAGGAGCCCUGGGCUGCGGGCGGCUUCCAGGUCCAGGGAGGCUCCGGCUCCCCGCUGGGGCUGACCCCCUGCCUCUACCGGACACCGGGAAUGUUCUUCUUUGAGUGAAGCCAGCCUGGCCGUGGGCAGCCCCUGCCACGUCGCCCUCCGGGCCGAGCCGGGCUGUAGGAGCGGGGAGCUCUCCAAGGACCCAGGCCUGGCGAGGCCGACAGCAGACAGCGGGCACAGGAAGCCGAGACUGGAGUGGUGAACACUCAGCCAGCACCAGGGCCUCCGGACAGACUUGGGGGGAGGAGAGGCAGAGCCCCCCUGAGGUUUAUCUGUGGCUCUCAGGGCCAAUAAAGCCGGUGUGCCGAUGAGGG